AUUCUAAUGUCAUUAAUGUUUAUAUGAAAUGUCGCGGUGUUUUCAAAAUUAAUUAGAAAAUAUCAUAAAAUUUUAUUGUUAAUUAUUAAGGAAAACACUGUAUUAAAUGAUUACUUGAGACGAAUUAUGAUAUUUUGUAUUAAUUUUAUUAAAUUAUGAUUUUAAUGUGAACAAAAUCUGUUGUCAAUUUGAAUGAAAGGAUUUACGAAAUAUUUCAUAUGGAUUUGAUGUGUAAAGAGCUUAUUACUAAAUUGAAAGUAUAAAAGAACCUGAGUAUGAAUGCUGAAGAGGCGAAGGUGCCUGAUACCGAAGGAGACUGGCGUUCUAUCGAGAUAUUCUUGUUCUCCAACGGACAGCAGUUCUCACCGCCGAGGAAAUAUCACUUGGACGCUGACGAGCUCAACUGGUGGGAGGCAACAUUGAACCAAUUGGCACAAUCUCAUUAUGGAAUACAACAACCCCAAAUAUAUUUGUACACAAUAGACGGUCACCAGGUGGAGGGUCCACUAGAGCUCAAGGAUGGCCAUGCUUAUGUUGCUGUACAACCACCUGAGGAGUUCAUCGAUGCUGGCUAUCAGAAAUACCUUCUAAAAGCUUCGAGGUCCUGGGAAAAGCGGCAAGCAAAAAAGAGAGCUGGUUGUUGCUACGAGGAUUGUACCGGCUAUCCAAAGGAUCUUGACAGAGUGGAUUCCUUUGAGCCUUUAAUCCCUGCUACUAAACAUCCGGACUGGAAAUCACAAGAUGGAAACUACGAGACAACCGUACGUCCCAGACCCGAAACAGGCACUUAUGACCCCAGUGACUAUGGAAGCGUGCUUAGCAAGUCUGGAACUCUAAGUCAGCCUGAAUCAAACAAGGUCUACGAAAGUGACCCCUAUGACAAUAAACCGUCUAAACAUGACUCAGGUACAGACUUGAGAAGAGAUAAUGACAAUUCUAGUAGGGCUAGUAACCAAAAACCCAGUCUCCCUAGACCCAUGAACACUGAUGCAGUUCAGGAGACUGACUAUCAUGGCGAAUCAGAUAAUGUUGAGCCUUGGAGAAGUAAAAUUGCCCCAAAAACAAAACCAGAUUUAAAAGGAAAGGAACAAAGUGUACUGGAAGGAUUUCACGCCGGACCUGAACGUAUACUCGGAUCGAUGGACCGUGGAUUUCAACAAAGAAAUUAUGAUAAAACUGUGGAAGAUUACGAUUCAGAAGAAAGCGGUCCCGGUUCAAUGUACACUCACGGCACAUGGUCAUUUACUCAAAAACCUAGAUCAAGUGAUUAUGGAAGUAAAAUUGGCCAACAAAAAACUAGAUGGGGUGAUAAUGGAUCCAAAGAUGUUGGAAAUGUAGAUACACUAAGUAAAGAUAGACCAAGUUUUGGAGAAAACGGUAAACGUGAAAUUAAAAUGGACACGAAUAGGAUCGAAUCUAGUGUGAAUGAACCAUUAUCGACAGAUCUCAGAAAUAAACUAAUUGAACUAGAAAAUAUUCCAGAUGAUCAAACAUUUUUAACUGCUGAACAAUUAAAUACAGUAAUGGGAAAUUUGGCUAACAAAGAAAAUGCCCGUGAAAACAAAAUGAGGGAAGAAAUACCAGAGAAAAACUACAGUGAUACCAAAGCAAAUGAAUAUAUACGUAAAACAAUUGAUUCGAGAGAAAGAUCUGCCGAAGCAAGGAACAAAGAAAGUGAUAAAGAUGGUUAUACCCCAAUACGACAAAUAAGUGACCUAUAUAAUAAUGGUCUGAAUGAGUAUAGGGGUCAGCCUAGUAAACACAGAGGUAGUGAAAAUGAAUACAUGCGCAAGUCGAGUCAACAGAAACCUAGAAAUGGAACGCACGAAAACACAGCAGGAGAACCAAAAAGCCCAAUUAAUGAAAAUAUUAAUGAGAGGAGGACGAGUGAAUUACAAAACAACGGUAAUGAGUAUAAAGGUCAACCUACUGCACAAGGAGUCAAUGAAAAUGAAUACAUACGUCGUUUAAGUCAACUGAAACCUGGAAAUGGAAACAUAGCAGAAGAAUCAAGAAGUUUAGAAAAUGAAAAUGUGAGUGAGUAUCAAAAGAAAUAUGGACGGAGAAUGAGUGAAUCAAAUAGCAAGGGCCCUGAGAAUAGAAGUCGAUCUAGUGAAAAGAGAGGCAGCGAAAAUGAAUACAUACCCAAUCUGAGUCAACAAAAACCUAGAAAUGGAAAGAACGAUACCAAAAUAGGAGAACCAAGAAGCUUAGAUAAUGAAAAUAUAAGUGAAUAUACUAAUAUGACAAAAAAUAAAAAUGAUCGGAGAAUGAGUGAACGGGAAAGCAAAGAACUUGAGUAUAAAGGUCGUCCUAGCGUACAGAAAGACACUGAAAAUGAAUAUUUACCCAAAUCGAGUCAACAAUCUAGAAACGAAAGCAAAGUAGAAGAACCAAGAAGCUCAAUUGUAAGUGAAUAUCAAAGUGAAUACACGGAAAAACUAUUUGACCGUAGAAUGAAUGAACUGAAAAGAGAUGAUCUUGAUUAUGGUAUAGGUCAAGCUGAUGAACUGUGCAAUGAAUGCAAUUUUGAUAUGGAUAGUGAAUACAAAUGCUACAUAAAGAAAUGCACACCCAAAUCGAGCCAUCAGAAUCCUAGAAACGGAAGUAAAGUACAAGAACCAAGAAGCUCGCCUAAUGAAAAUAUAAGUAAAAAGAAUAGUGAAUCCAAUGACCGGAGAAUGAGUGCACUGAAAAGAGAUGGUCUAGAUCAUAAAGGUCAGCCUGAACAGAGAUACAAUGAAAAUGAAUACAUAUUCAAGUCGAGUCAACAGAAACUCAGAAACGGAAUGACUGGAAGCAAAAUAGAAGAACCAAGAAGCUCACUUAAUGACAAUAUUAGUAGAUACAGUGAAUACAGUAACGCAGAAAAUAAAUUUGACCGCAGAAUGAGUGAACUGAAAAGAGAUGGUAUUGAUCAUAAACGUCAGGCUAGUGAACAGAGAGGCAGUAAAAUAGAAAACAUACCCAAGUCUAGUCAACAGAAACCUAGAAACGGAAUGAACGGGAAAAAAGUGGAAGAACCAAGAAAUUCAGUUAAUAAAAACAAAAAUGAAAACAAUAACGCAGAAAAUAAAUUUGAACGAAGAGUAAGUGAUCUGAAAAGCAAUGGUAAUGGAUAUAGAGGCCAUAGAGAGGUUAGCAAUCAGAGAGGUAGAGAAAAUGAAACUGCACAAAAAUCAAAUCAACAGAAUAAAACAGAACAUAAAAAUGAGCGAAAAAUUAGUGAUUUGAAAACCAAUGGUAUUGGAUAUAAAGGUAUACCUAGUGAACAGAAAGGCAGAGAAAAUGAACACACGCGCAAGCUGAGUCUACAGAAAACUAGAAACGGAAUCAAUGGAAGCAAAUUAGGAGAACCGAGAAACUCAAUUAAUGACAAUACAACAAGAUUAAACGAUCCUGAGCGAAAUAAUCGAGUUAGUAUACAGAAAACUAGAAACGGUGAUAAUGGAUCGAAGUUCGGAGAAAAUCACAGCAAAGGUGGUGAUCUUCGGAUCAGGGGUGGCAGUAGUCAAGAUACUGAAAGGAAAAACUCAUUUUUAAAAACAGCUGAUCGUCGUACUAAGCCAAUUACAACUGGAGCGAGAACAAGUCUUAAAGACAAAAUGAAUCCUAAACCUGGAUUGGGAGUACCUCCAGUGCAAGUAGAUGAAUCUGAAACUCCUUUCGGUGAAACUGACAUCAAGGAUAGAUUAGGUGAACCAAAUCCCAUACUAAAUGAUCUUGACAAAAUAACUUUUCAGCCUGCGAAAUUAGACAAUAUAGGAGGAAAUAAUACUACAAUCGUUUCUAAUAUUACUGAAAUACAACAACAACCACGUAAAAGUAACUUAUCGACAGGAAAAUCAUUGAAUCGCUAUCCAAGUGUACAUAAAACUAUAACACAUUGGCCACAAAAUCCGAUUUCCAAUGUACCAAAUGAAUCAGAAGAGAAAUUAGUCACAAAAGAUAAUACAGAUAUCCCCGACUUUGUAUCGGAUCAACUUGAAAAAGAAUACUCAGCACCCAAAUAUCCACUCCAGCUUGUAACUUCACCUGUUGUCACUCCUCCGAUGGUAGAAUUCGCUACCAAGAACACAAAGAAAGCAUCCACGUCAUUUAUAAAAGUUAUAUCAAAUCAAAAAAGUUUAGCUAGAGAUAAUAUUCCUAUCGAAAAUAUGAUUGGCGAUAAAGAAGUUAUUAUUAUCUCUAAAAAUUUAUUAAGAAAUCCAGAAACUGAAAUAGCCUCUAUGAGAUUAGAUUCGGUUAAACACGUUAUUGAUGAUAUUACUGAUGCUUCGAACCAAACGAAAACAGAAGUGGUCACUAUUAGGCGGAGCGUCAUAUCUAUCCCUGUUAGCGAAGGAGUUCAAACGUAUGCUGAAGUAUGUGAUGCAGCGGAGCAGCACGGGCAGGGAGUAGUUGCAUAUAAUACUACAAAAAUGCAGUGGGCAUUCUCUAACUUACCUAGCUUGCAAGGCAGCACGGUCGCUGCUAAUGAGAAAGAAAAUAUUAUAUCAAUAUUAAAUAAGGGUGAUAUAGUCAACUUGAAACUGAACAUUGAAGUUAUAAAUGGAGAUCGGUCAGUGAUAUCAUCCCAAAAUACUACUCGAAAGUCCAGAUCUUUAACAAAUAUAGUUACUACAGAAAAAGGUUCACAGAUAACGAUUGAUGAUGAUUUAUACGAGCAAAGCAAAUCAUUACAAUCAUUACUCAAUGAAGAGACUUGUAAGGGAAGCGGGUUUGAGGGUCAUCCGAAAGUAAUGGUUGUCCAGUGUGCUUGCUGCGACAGACUAAAUAACCAGCUCGCAAGCGAUCUACCAGCUUGCUGUGAAAGUAAAAAGUAUAUCGUCUUGUUACCAAGCUCCCCGCAACAUGGAGAAGAUAGAUGUAAUUGUGAUAGUAUGCGACAGCCACAAGCGUCAACAGUACUGAAUGAUGCAAAACGAAUGAGUAGUGGUAUUCCAAUCAAAAAGACUCAUUCAGAUAUGGCUUUAGAGACUGCUGCAGCUAAAAAGGACCCAGGAAAACUUAUUGCUGUCAUAAACUCCACGUCUCAAACAGAAGAUACUAAAAGUGAAUGUCUAGUGACUAAACAUAAAGUCAGUAUAACUGAAGACAGUCUGAAAUGCGAGUUUAAAAAAGAUAGCGUAUCUCAGAUGUCUAUGGCGAACCAUUCCACUUGCCAUGCACCAACCAGCGCUCAAACUGAUGAUCCGCUUGGUUCCAAAAUGUCCCGCGGAGUACUGAAGCAGUGUCCGCAACUGUGCCCACCAGCAGGUGCUCAAGUACUGAUAGUACAAAACUGUACGCUAGACCAGUCACCAAAGUGUCCGCGAAUGUCACAAAACUGUUCUCCGCCAGUACAAGUGGUAUGUUGUCCACAAACGUGUCCGCAGUCACAAUCACAAAGUGUGCCUGACACAAGUCAGCAGUCCGCUGGUCUAGGCUGUCCGCAAAGAUGUCCACAAACUCAAAACCAGACACCGCAGCAGGAACAGCCAUGUCAAACUUGUAAUCCAGCACAAACACAAGCACCGAAACAAGAAAAAUGUCAACCUUGUCCUGCAGCUCAAACGCAAGCACCGAAACAAGAAAAAUGUCAACCUUGUCCUGCAGCACAAACACAAGCACCGAAACAAGAAAUGUGUCAAACUUGUAACCCAGCACAAACAGCGCCGAUACAAGAAAUGUGUCAAACUUGUAAACAAACACAAGAUGAAGGCUCGCAACCCGAAGCAGCAACAACUCAGCAAGGGCCCCAGAAAGUUUGUCCACCGACAUGUCCCAUGCAGACAAACACAGAAGCUGAUUCACCAGACCAAGUGACCGCUCGCGUCUGCAUGCAAGUGCAGUCCCAGGCAGGCCAGCACGAUGUCUCUCACACGGAGACACAGACGCAGUGGUGCUGUGUUAUGUUGGAAGCUCGACUCCAGGAAGACGGGCGAUAUUCAUUCCAUCUGCCGCCGUUGGAAGUGUUGAAACAAUAUUCUUUUUGAAAAUAUAAAAUAUACAAAUAAU